UAUAAGCAAGAAAUUUUAGUCAAACGUAUUAAAGAAAAUGACACUGUCAAUGGAAAAAUGGGUCGGUCAAGUUGCGGUAGUGACUGGAAGCAGUGCUGGGAUUGGCCUUUCUAUUACAGAAAAACUAGUUGAACAUGGAAUGAAAGUAGUUGGAUUGGCUCGUCGGAAAGUUUUAAUGGAAGAGCAUAAGAAUCGAUGGAAGAACAAAAAAGGAACAUUUCAUCCCGUCCAAUGUGACAUAACGAAGGAAUCUGAUCUUGUGAACGCUUUUGAAUGGAUAAAGAAAAAUUUGGGCCCAGUGUCGGUGCUGAUUAAUAACGCUGGCAAAGGCGGCGAUACGACUUUAAUAAAUGGUGAUGUUGAAUUAUGGAAAGGUAUUUUCGCCCUCAACGUUCUAGGUUUAUGUAUAGCCACUAGGGAGGCAAUCAAUCAUAUGAUAGAAAGCAAUAUUAAUGGUCACGUAAUCCAUAUAAACAGUAUUGCAGGUCAUUAUAUACCAUUUCACCAAUACUCAAAUAUAUAUCCUGCAUCCAAAUUCGCAGUAACUGCAUUGGUGGAGACAUUAAGAAGGGAACUCAAUCUAACUAAGUCUAAAAUUAAAAUCAGUGAUAUCAGUCCAGGGUUGGUAAAUACCGAAAUAGCAAAUGACUUGCCUAGUGAUUCUUUCUUAGCACACGCUGUAGCUAACCCAAACAAUUUGAAAUGCGAAGAUAUAGCUGACGCUGUUAUAUAUGUUUUAUCCACACCACCCCAUGUGCAGAUUCACGAAUUGAUCGUAAAGCCUGUUAACGAAGCAUGGUAAAAAUGCCUAAGGAACACAUGCAAAUCAUCUAUUUGUAACUGUAGUUUAUAAUAAACGCUUUUUAAGACAA